GACUGAGGAUCAGGAGUCCGAGGAGUGAGGGGCAGAACAGAGAGGAAUGGCUGCAAAGAAAUACUGCAUCUAUUAGGCGCUUUUCUUGGAGGGUCUCCAUGACAACAAUUUGCGAGGGCAAAGAAUGCGAUACCGGGGAGCUCAAUGCCUGAUUGGGGUGUAUUGUGUGGAGAAAGAGGUCGCUGAUUGGCCUGAAGAAAGCACCAUAACUACACGCAGUUUAUAUUCAUUCAGCUUGUUGAAGUGCUGAAACUAUUUUUUGGAAGAGCAGCAGUACUUGGAUACCUUCUAUCCAAGAGACGGUUAUGGAGUGAAUACAGCAUGAGGUGCUGACGGUAUGGCUUGACCGAGUUUUCCAAACUCGGGAUGACAGAAUGGCAAGCGCAGAUAGCGAAGUGAAAACUUUAUUAAACUUUGUAAACUUGGCAUCCAGCGAUAUCAAGGCUGCCUUGGACAAGUCAGCACCGUGUAGGCGCUCGGUGGACCACAGGAAGUAUCUGCAGAAACAACUUAAGCGGUUUUCACAGAAGUACUCAAGAAUGCCGCGAUGUCACGCAUACAGAGCGACGGAAUCGGGUAACGGAAAAGCAGUGGAGGACAAGUCUGGUGUGUACGCUUUUGAGACAGCGAACCGGAACCUCCACCGGUCCGGAAUAAGCGAAAAAUCAGGGUCGAAUGUGCACGCCGAGGACAGGGUCAAGCUCAGUCCGAAUCCCAAACUGGAAAGUGAUUACAACAGACAAGACCAGGUGCCCAUGAGAAAGCGACAGCUGCCUGCAUCUUUCUGGGAAGAACCCAGGUCUUCCAAAAGUAAACGGGAGUCUUUCCAGGUAACUUGGAGAAAGAGCCAAGCGUGUGUUUCCGCCGGUGGGCCUUCGGAAUCAGAGGAUGACAAAAUAAAGACAUUUUCUGAGGAUCCCAGAGCCAGUUCGAUUGUUUCUACCCAGCAUAUCGCUGCGGAAAAGGAACCCCUUAUCCUGGACAUGACUUCCGGAAGCAUGAAUUUAUGCGGGUGCUGUCCUUUUCAGUACCAUGGACACCACGUCUUCCAAAGCCAUGUUGUCCUUCCUCACUCGGGCUUCGUAGAACCUGGACUGUGGGGAAAGGCCACUGUAACCCAAGCUGAAGCACAGGGCAUCCACAAUAUACAAAAAAGUCACACGCACGUUGUGGUGAAGCCUAUCCCAACAAAACCAACUAUUCCAUCUCCAAUUUUUAGCGUGUUUGGAUUUAUUUAAAGAUCGAAUUUACGUCUGGAAAAAGCAAUAAGUGGGCUAUGUUGUAAAUAUGUUGGUUUUUCUUUGACAUUCGUUUUCAGAAACUCGGAGAGCAGUUUAUUUAUUGUGUUUUGUCCCCUCAUAGUUGACUAGCCCUGCGUUUACCAUCGUGAAGUUCCAUUUAAAACUGAAAGUUACAUUUUCAAAAGCACUUAGGUCAAGGAUCAAACAGUUUUGCUUUGAAUAUUACGAUUUUAGAAUGUGAACUUAAUGUGGUACUUGCCUUUUUGUCACUGCUGAGACCACUUUAUAAAGUAACUUAAGCUUACUUCAUGUAGGAAACUAACUUUACAACUACUAGCAUAUCUGAAAGUAGAAUAAAUCAGUACCUUAAAAUGAACACAAUCUCGUUGCAUCCUCUUGCUGUAUUUUAGUAUGAGAUUUUAAAAAAAUGUAAUGCCAAAACAAACACAUUUUUAACGACUAUUCAGAAAAAUGUAAAAAUAACCUAGAAAGCUCAGAGGUGGUAGAUGUAUUUUUCUAGCAUUAUUCUAUUUGUUGAGUUUGUUUGUGUGCACGCAUGUGUGUUGGGGGGAGGUGGGGGAGGUAGUGUCUCAGUCUAUGGAAUAUGCCGAUCAAAUGCAGUACAUGACUGAAUAAAUUGUGGAAACAUUUAUUGCUGAAAUACAGUAUUAAGUGUGGAGACACUGAUGUACAGUAAUAUUACACAUCUCCCCGGUAAGCCAAUAUACAGUAUGACCACUAACUGGACAGCUAGAAUUAUACAGAAAUUUCUAUAGAAAUGCAUACAGCUUACCAAAACAAAAAUCUAUUACCCAGUGAACCACUGAGAUUAAUACAUAUAAUUUAUUCCUAUUAGUCUAUGAGCAGUACUGGAGGAUCACUUAACAGAUUCUGCUAUACUGUCACAUCACAUUGUACACAACUUGACCAAUACUUUUGCAUAUAAGUAAAAACAUUAGGCUGACGAGGUAGAUAUGUUCCUAAUAUGGAGUAUGUCUAAUCCACAUUUGGAAAUGUGACAAACUGUAAGACUGUGUAGAAACAGCCUUUUAAAGCAAUAGAUCUUUCUACAAAAUACUGAUUUCUGUGUCCCGGAGUAAUUAUUCUUAAUACAUCUGUUCAACUUCACUAUCCAGUGCUCUUUAAAAAAUGUGUAUCUCAGCUAACAACCUUUCAGUUUCUUGCAGUGCAUUACAUAUAACAUGUAUUACUAUACAGCUGCCCUCA